AUGGUAGGAACAACACAGCACGCAUCCGUUCGGCGAGAACGGACGUUGUGCACAGUAUCUCAGGUGACCAAUGGAGUUGCGGUUGUACCUGACCCACCUUCUACUUCUACAUUCGACACACCCGCUUUAGUCGGACCCAUUCUUUCACCUGCAUCAGCCAAGCCUACUCCAUCACCCGCUCCAGCCGGGCCCAUUCGUUCACCUGCAUCAGCCGGGCCCAUUCCAUCACCCGCUUCAGCCGGGCCCAUUCUAUCACCUACUUCAGCCAGACCCAAUCCAUCACCCUCUCCAGCCGGGCUUUCUACGUCUACUACUCCAUCACGGAGACCUCGAAAUGAUCCUAAGGGUGCUUCAGCUUCAGGCUUGCCACCACCCUCACGUAGACUUCGUCGGGGCAGUUCUUCUUCUACCGGGCCACCUCCGGAGGUACACGAAGAUGAUCCGGUGCGGGGGCCAGAGCCUGUUUGGUACCCCGGUAGGCCCGUAGAUGCCUCUCUUCUUAUUGGAUAUGCAAAUCAUGCUGCGAGACGUAUAUGGGAUGGAACUAUAAGUUUUAUUUGA